CCUGUUUCAAAACCAUGAUAGAGACUUGAUGAAUGAAGGCACCUGUCACAGAGCUUAAUCUUUAAGACCCACAUGGUGGGAGGAGAGAACCAACUCCUGCAAGCUGUCCUCUGGCCAUGACAAGCAUGCUCAUGUACAUACAUACAUACAUACAUACAUACAUACAUACAUACAUACAUACAUACAAUAAGUGUUUAGGAAGUGGCGAAGCCAAGCAUGUGACAUACCCCUCUAGUCCCCACACUCCAGAGGAUAGAGAAUCCAAGGCCCCCUUUUACUUGGGUGAAAUCGUGAGACUUUGUCUCAGAAACCAACAAGCUGACGUGGAGCAGAAGGGAAGGGGUGCUGGGCAGCUCCUGUCAGUGAGCCCCCCUCAGAACACCUCAAACAACAUGACCAAUGGCCAGGGUGAAGGACAGUCAAGUCAAAGACACUGCCUGGUAAGUGGAAGAAAGGAUCUAUAGGGAGGUGGAGUGAGAGGCCGUUCCAACAUACAGAGACCACCAUAAGGCCAAGGGGAGGAAGACAGAGGGACAUCACUGCUUUGAUUGUAUUCACAGCCAGGGGACAGGGCAGGAGUGUGGCGAUCCCAAUAGUUUCCUUCAAGGACUAGCAUGUAGGGCCCUCCCAGACACUUCUACAGGAGGACCCCAUCCCUCCAUCCCUCCAGUCUCCUGUCCCUCUCUCUUCCCUCUCCAUCCCCCCUCAUUUCUGCCCUUCUCACCUAUUCUCUCCUGACUACCCCCCUCACACCCCCUUUGUCACCUCUGGCCCUGCAGCCUCUUUACCCAGCAACAGGACCACAUGAUGUGGUAAAAAUAGCUCCUUUCAACAGAGUGUGAAUGGAGAGGGCAGAGGCAGGAGGCAAGGCUGGGCCCCCAGUGCCAGGGAAGGGCCCUUGGGAGGUGCGGGCUCCUGAUCCUCUCCCUGCUCAGUCACACACUUGCUCAGAUGGGUCACCUCAGUCUCAGGCUCUGUCACGCCAAACAUACACCUAGAGCCGGCAGCAGCAAAGCAGUGUGACCCAGCUCUUAAGAGGUGCGUGCCCAGUGUUCCCAGUAGGUGGGAGCUUCUCUGAGUCUCUAUGUCUGGACCACCAUGGCAUGUGCAGGGCGAGCCAGCGGGCGGCAGCGGGUGAGCAUGCAGGAACACAUGGCCAUCGAUGUGAGCCCUGGCCCCAUACAGCCCAUCCGCCUCAUUUCCGACUACUUCCCACACUUCUACCCCUUCCUGGAGCCGGUGUUGCGUGUCCCAGAUCGACAGGCAAUGCUGGCCCCGGCCAUCCACUCUGCACCCCAGCUGCAGCCCAACCCUGAGGCUGAAGGAGACUCGGAUGACAGCACUGCCCUAGGCACCCUGGAGUUCACACUUCUCUUUGAUGUGGACAACAGCACCCUGCACUGCACAGCCCAUCGUGCAAAGGGCCUCAAGCCACCAGCCACAGGCUCUGUGGACACCUAUGUCAAAGCCAACUUGCUGCCAGGGGCCAGCAAGGUGAGGGCCAGCCAGCUUCGGACACGCACUGUACGAGGCACCAGGGAACCUGUCUGGGAGGAGACACUCACCUAUCAUGGCUUUACUUGCCAGGAUGCUGGACGGAAGACCCUGAGGCUAUGUGUUUGUGAGGACUCACGAUUGCGGCGCCGGCGGCGAGCACCCCCCUUGGGGGAGCUACGAGUGCCCCUGAGGAAGCUGGUGCCAAACCGAGCCAGGAGCUUUGACAUCUGUCUGGAGAAGCGGAGGCUGACCAAGAGGCCCAAGAGCUUGGACACAGCCCGUGGCAUGUCUCUGUAUGAGGAGGAGGAAGUGGAGGCAGAGGUGUUUAGGGAGGAGCGUGGGCGCAUCCUACUGUCCCUGUGCUACAGCUCCGAGCGUGGUGGCCUGCUAGUGGGUGUGCUGCGCUGUGCCCACCUUGCUCCCAUGGAUGCCAAUGGCUACUCAGACCCCUUUGUCCGCCUUUUCCUGCACCCAAGUUCUGGGAAGAAAUCCAAAUAUAAGACCAGUGUUCGGAGGAAGACCCUGAACCCUGAGUUCAACGAGGAAUUCUUUUAUGCAGGUCUUCGAGAGGAGCUGGCCCAGAAGGCACUGUUGGUGUCUGUGUGGGACUAUGACCUGGGCACAGCUGAUGAUUUCAUUGGUGGGGUGCAGCUGAGUGGCAGAUCCAGUGGGGACCGCCUACGCCACUGGUGUGAGUGCCUAAGCCACUGUGACCGCCGGCUAGAACUGUGGCACCUGCUGGACAGUGUGCCCCCCCAACUUGGUGACUAGUCAGCACAGGGCCCUGCUUGCAACUUGUUCAGGGGCCAAGAUGUCUGCUGCAUCUACAAAGAGUUCUGGGUUGGUCCCAUCUGCUAUGCUAUGCACAUUCUUGUCUCCUUCCACUCAUGCAACCCCAAACACAAGCAAAAUAAACACCUGCUUCUGCCA